AUGGAUUUCGUCCCAGACUCUGACCACCAACAUCAUGAUGACGCACCUCCUGCGCCUCAGCUGGAUGAUAUCAAAAUCGAACAUCGUCCACACAGCAGGAUACCUUCGACCGUCCAUCCGUUCUCAGAAUUUUCUCGCCGCCGUCCAACAGAGGAUACAAUUCCUCGUAGCACCUCCCCAUGGGAGCCAUUCCGCACAAGGCUUGAUUUCGAGGUCGCAGAGAUCACACUUGCUGCAUCGAUGACGAAAGAUCAAACCAAUCGACUUUUUGAGCUCAUGCGCCGCGCUGUGAGCGCUCAAGAAGAUUUCACCUUGCAGAGUCACGAUGAAGUUCGUACUUUGUGGAAAAUGGCAUCCAAACGAUUUACACCUUUUGAAACCAGUACAAUAUCUGUGCCGCAUCAAGGUGAAGAUCAUGAAUACAAGAUGUACUCCCGCUGUCUUUGGAGUUGGGCACUUGACCUCAUGCGAGAUAGCCGGUUCGCACCACAUUUCACGUUUGAUGCUCAGCGUCUCUAUAAGUUUAAUGGAGCACGUGUCAUGCGAUUCAUAGACGAGCCCUGGACUGCUAACGCUUUCUGGGAUGCACAGUCGCGCCUUCCACAGGACGCUAAGCCGCUUGCAUUCAUACUGUAUGCUGACAAGGCCAAACUAUCUUCUUUCAGAACUGCAAAGGGCUACCCAAUCAUCGUGCGGAUCGCAAAUUUGCCCGUUGAGAUUCGUAAUGGUACUGGUGUAGGUGGCGGACGAGUUGUUGGCUGGUUGCCGAUCGUCAAAGAAGAUCCAAAACAUAGCAAGAAGAAAAGCUUUGUGAACUUCAAGAAUGCCGUCUGGCACAAGUCGUUCCUCAAGCUACUUGAGGCAGUCAUAUUACACUCGAAGAACAGAUAUUGGUUUGAAUGUUGGGACCGCGUACAGCGCCUUCUUUGGCCUUUAAUAUUGAUUCUAAGUGCUGAUUACGAGGAACAGUGUGUUAUGUCCUUGAUUCGGGGACUCAAAGGCAAGUUUCCCUGUCCAGUGUGUUUAGUUCCUCAAGACCAGCAAUCGGUAUUAUCGGAUGUGCAUCCAUUACACACGAGUACUGAGUCUCUCAAUAUUCUCAAUGCCGCAAGAUCAACAUCGACACAAAAGGAAAAGGAGCAACAACUCAAGGUGUACUCGCUGCGCGACGUCGAGAAUUGUUUUUGGAAGGUUUCUCACUGUGACGUCUACCGAGCGCUUUCGUUCGACCAUUUGCAUUCCAAUCAUGCUGGUAUGUGGGGUGAUCAUUUAUGGUCAGACCUCCAGUUUUGGCUUGAAGAUUUGGGGCGAGAAGCGGCUGUAAAGAUUGAUAUGAAUUUUGAUGCUCUACCAAGGUGGCGCAACCUCAAGCACUUCUCGCACGUGGUGGGGAUUGAUUUCAACGACGGCUCAACACAUGAAGACAUAUCAAAGAUGAUCAUAUUUGCAGUGCAGAGUGUCCUCAGCCGAGCUAAUAGUGAAGUCGGUUAUCUACUUCUAUGCUGCAUACGUUGCUACAUUGACCUCGACAUCUACGCCGCGCUAGAAGUACACACCGAGGAUACCAUCGCAGCCGGAAGAGAUGCUUUGUCUCAAUUCUCAACGCUUAUGGAUCUAUAUAUCGAAAAAUCACACCCUGAAACCAACAAGAAUUGGAAUUUUCUGAAAAAGCAUUUGCUCACACAUUUGUUUGAUGAUAUCAUCGCGAAAGGUGUCACACGGAAUUACAACACGAAGCCCAAUGAAAAAAUGCAUGGCCCAUUAAGCGCUAUCUACCACCAGCAGACAAAUUUUAAAGAUGUCGCUCCCCAGAUCCUCCGCUAUGAUCAUUGGCUCCUUACAUCGUUGUCUAUCCGUGAUGAGAUCAAUGACCUAGAUGCAUAUACUGACAAUUUGAAAGCUACUAUAGAUUCAGAGCCUGAUGCAACCGAGAGUCCUGAAGGUGUGGUAAAUACAGCGGCACGUGUGCAGUUGGGCGCGAGGCAGGGUGAUUUCUCCUUUGCAGACAUUGAGCAAUCACAUGCCACAGACAGGGCAUUUUUUGGUUUCCGAAUCAAGUUGAACCAAUUUCUCAACGACUCACUGCCGAAUGAUGCAAUUCCCUUACCGAACGAGACGCGCAUAAGAUUUCAAGCUUGUGACCAGAUCACAGAAUUCCGAUACCUCCGGGUGAAUUACGAGUCGAUGGUCAACUGGCAUCUGCAACGAGACCUCCUUCGAUGUAAUCCGAAAUUCUUUGGGUCACCAAGAUAUGACUGCGUCAUUAUAAAGACUGAACACCAGCUGUUUUUCGCACGUCUCAUCUACAUGUUCCGCUGCAAAGUUGGGGUUACUGAACUUUCUAUUGCCCUCAUCCACCCUUAUGAUGUUGGUAUCGGUGUUCGCUGCAGACAAGACUUAGAUUUGGGGCUCUGGCGAGUGCGAGCGAAACCUCGAUCAUCUUCUGAAUUCGUCUUUGUUGACUCCAUCAUUCAUGGCGCUGCACUUGCUAGUGACCCUGAAGCAGUCAAUGAUUACUUUGUUAUAGAUACUAUUGAUACAGACAUGUUCCUCCGCAUUAAGGCGCUUCAAGACAGUUCUGGCUUGCGCUUCCGGCAUCAAUAG